AUGGAGGAGGAGAAGUACCUGGAGCUCUACCUGGAUCGGUGUGCCGCCCAGGAUGACCUUGCCCCACCUGUGUCUCCCCUGUUCAGCCCAGUGGUACCGUAUGAUGUGUACGUACCUAAUCCAUCCACUCCACACACGGCAUUUAAUUCCCAUCUUGGGGAAGUCAAAGAAACAGCUGGUGAUUUCUCCUCUGUGGAUCUUAGCUUCCUACCAGAUGAACUCACCCACGAAAAUAAAGAACAGACUGUCGUUAAAAGCCGACGUGAAACUGAAGAAAAUUGUAAAGCUCAAGGUCAACCAAAUAGGUUGCCAUUGUCCAGCGAAGAGGACACUGGGAUGGGCUUAGCUGACAGCAGUUUAUCAAAUUCCCACUCACAUUUGCACCCCGAUGGUGCUGACUCAGCCCCGCCCCCACCUGAGAAACCAAACUUGGAUGCCUCACCUCUAGCCUCCAUAGCUCUCGUGACAGCAAUGAGCCCUGUUUCAGAAAGUUCUGGAAUUGUGUCUCAACUACAGUAA